AUGGAGAACGUGAUGGUGGCGGGGAGUCGCAUGCGCAAGGAGCUCUCAGUGGCCGCCUCCAUCGUCAUCGAUGACGUACGCUCUCCGUGCCGUUCGUGCCUGCAUCUGUUGUUUCUGACUGAUGCAAUCUCAACAUCCAUUGUCGCUCGUGCCAUGCCGUCUCAACAUCCCUUGCAGCUGCCAUGCGCCAUCUGCCAGCAGGCCAUCGGUGACGUCUCGGGCCCAUCCGAGUCACACGGGCAGCUGCCGUGCGCCAUCUGCCAGCAGGCUAUCGGGGUGGACGCGGAGGGGCGCGAGUUCGUGCCGUGCGAGUGCGCCUACCGCAUCUGCCGCCCCUGCUACGAGUACAUCCGCGCACACGAGGGCAACCGCUGCCCGCAGUGCCUCUCCAAGUACCACCGCCUCGCAGUGAAGCACGUUACUCGUGCCUCUCCACCUUGCUCCUUCCCUUCCCCUCCCCUCCUGCUCGCGUCGCUGCUUGCACUGCUGAAUCCGGACCUUUCAGCCACGAAUGUUCCCUCAUUGUUUCUCGCUCCCAUGCCAUCCCACCGUAUGUCAUGUCCCCGUGCUGCUGUCUGCCGUGUCAUGCAUCUUGUCCGAGCAGGCAGUCCGCCAGUGGACGAUGAUCCACCAGAGGAGGUCAUCCGCCAUCUUGAGGAGUCCAUUCCCGACGCCCCUGCGCCUGCCCCCCCCGCCAUUGCCGCCCCUGCUCCCCCUCUCCCCAGUCCCUCUGCCCUCCCCGCACCCCACACCCUCACUUCCUCCCCUCUCCCACCGUCGUCCGUGCCUCUCGCCUCGCCGCUCUCCUCCUCCGCCCCUCACCUGGCACUGGAAGCCUCGUCGUCCUCCCCUUCAUCUGCAUCCCACGCGUCCGCAUCACCAGCAGCAGGGCUUGUUGGUGGUGGUGCUGGUGGUGGUGGCGUCACUGGUGGUGGCGUAGGUGUUGGUGUUGCUGGCGCUAGUGCGGGCAUUGGUGGUGGUGCGGCCUGUCCGGGCGGAGGGGGGGACGAGAGCCCCUCAUCAGGCAGUGCGGGCAGCCCCUCCAGCUACGGCUAUGGCAGCAUCGUCUGGUUCACCCCCCGCCGCCAGUGGUCCGCCUUGGCUCCUAGUGGGGAGGCUGCUUCUGCUGCAGGUGUUUCUGCUGCAAGUGUUGCUGGUGCUGCUGUGGGUGCUGCUGCUGCUGGUGCUGGUGGUGUGGCUGAGAGCGGCCCCUCCACGGCCAUUAUCCCGGUGCAUGAUGCGGACGCCUCUGCAGGCGGGGUGGGAGGUGGCGGCGGUGGGAUGGGUGUGAUCCCCAAUGAUGGUGCUUCUGCUGACGGUUCGCCAUUCAUGUGCGGACGCCACUUCUACCUGCUCUGCGCCACUCCUCCAUCUGCAUCUGCUGCUAACUUACUUACUCACACCUUAUUGCCGCUUCGCCGCCGUCGCAGAGUGGACGACACACGCCGCCCCUUGUCGCGCAAGGUGCCAGUGCCGUCCAGCAUGCUCAACCCCUACAGGUUCGCGGUGGUGGUGCGCUUUGUGGUGAUGAUUCUCUUCUUCAAGUUCCGAGUCACCAACCCCAACAACUCCGCCUUCCUGCUCUGGCUCGCCUCCGUCGUCUGCGAGAUCUGGUUUGGAAUCUCCUGGAUAUUUGACCAGCUGCCCAAGUGGUCGCCCAUCACCCGAGAGACCUUCCUCAACCGCCUCUCCCUCAGGUACGAGCAGGAGGGGCGGCCGUGCGAGCUGCCCCAGGUGGACGUGUUUGUGUACGAGCAGGAGGGGCGGCCGUGCGAGCUGCCACAAGUGGACGUGUUUGUGUCGACGGCCGACCCCUUCAAGGAGCCGCCUCUCGUGACGGCCAACGUGAUCCUCUCCGUGCUCGCUGCUGACUACCCCGUUGACAAGGUGGCGUGCUAUCUAUCAGACGAUGGAGCGUCCAUGCUGACAUUCGAGGCGCUCAUGGAAACGGCCAACUUCAGCCGCCUCUGGGUGCCGUUCUGUCGCAAGCACGCCAUUGAGCCGCGCGCCCCCGAGAUGUACUUCGCUGGCGGGGUGGACUACCUGCUGGGGAAGGUCAACGCUGACUUUGUCAAGGAGCGAAGGAGGAUGAAGCGAGAGUAUGACGAGUUCAAGGUGCGCGUGGACGCGCUGGGGUUUCAAAUGCACCUCAAAGCCCCAUUUUCCUAUCCCCACCCCCCCGCACACACACCCUCCCCCCCCCUCUCUCCUCAGCGUGAGUACGACGAGCUCAAGCGCGAGUACGAUGAGUUCAAGGUGCGCAUGAACGCGCUGGUGGUGAAGGCACAGGACAGCCCUCGAGACGGGUGGACCAUGCCAGAUGGCACCGCGUGGCCCGGCAACGACCGCUCCGACCACGUCGGCAUGAUCCAGGUUUUUCUGCAGCCCAACGGAGAGACCAAGGAUGUCAAUGGCGACCCACUUCCCUACCUGGUGUAUGUGUCGCGGGAGAAGCGCCCAAACUACGACCACAACAAGAAGGCCGGAGCCAUGAAUGCCAUGAUGAGGGCAUCAGCGCUGCUGACCAACGCGCCCUUCAUCCUCAACCUAGACUGCGACCACUACGUCAACAACUCCGCCGCCAUCCGCGAGGCCAUCUGCUUCCUAGCGGACCCGCUGAAGGGCGGGCGGGUGUGCUUUGUGCAGUUCCCGCAGCGCUUUGAUGGCGUGGAUAAGAGCGACCGCUACGCCAACCACAACACCGUCUUCUACGAUGUGAACAUGAAGGGGCUGGACGGGCAGCAAGGCCCCAUGUAUGUGGGCACGGGGUGUGUCUUCCGACGCCAGGCGCUCUAUGGCUUCGACCCGCCCCCCAAGACCCCCACCAAGCGCCGCACGUGCUGCUCCCUCUGCCCCUCGUGGCUCUCCGGCCGCCCCUCCCCCGUGCGCCUGCCCUCCCAUCUCGCUGCCGGCAGAGCUGCUGUUGGGGGAACACAGCAGGUUGGGCUGGGGGAAGACGGGGCAGGCGCGUUCACGUAUGGCGGGAGGGUGAAGCGCCGGUGGGAGGAGGGGGAGGAGGCGGCGUUGCUGCCGACUCGGUGGCAUGUGAAGCGGUUUGGGCUGUGCCAUAACUUCAUCAUGACCGUCUUUGAUGGCGUGGGGGGGGGCAUGGCCACAGAGGACCCGCAUGAGGUGCUGAGUGACGUCAUCCUGGUGAUAUCAUGUGGGUAUGAGGACAACACCGAGUGGGGCACCAGUUGCGGCUGGGUGUACGGCAGUGUAACAGAGGACAUAGUAACGGGGUACAAGAUGCACACACGUGGCUGGCGCUCUGUCUACUGCAUGCCGCCCCGCCCCGCCUUCAAGGGCUCAGCACCCAUCAACAUGACGGACCGGCUGGCGCAGGUGCUGCGGUGGGCGACGGGGUCGGUGGAGAUAUUCUUCUCGCAGCACAACCCCGUGUGGGCCGACUGCUGCUCCCACCUCAAACCCAUCCAGCGCAUCGCCUACAUGAACACGGCGCUGUACCCGUUCACGUCCAUCGCGCUCACAGUCUACUGCUUCCUGCCCGCCAUCAGCCUCUUCUCCGGCCAGUUCAUCGUGCCCAAUAUUGACAACUGGGCAGUGCUCUACUUCCUCGCACUCUUCCUCUCCAUCUUCGCCACGGCUCUGCUUGAGAUUCGCUGGAGCGGGGUGUCGUUGGAGGAGUGGUGGCGCAACGAGCAGUUCUGGGUGAUUGGAGGCACCUCUGCACACUUUGCUGCCGUCAUGCAGGGGCUGCUGAAGGUGGUGGCGGGAGUGGAGGUGCAUUUCACGCUCACCUCUAAGGCCUCGCAGGACAUGGAAGAUGAGCUAGCUGAGCUCUACACCGUCAGGUGGACGUGGCUGUUCCUCAUCCCGCUCACCAUCAUCAUUGUGAAUGCAUUUGCCAUACUGGCGGGAGUGGCGCACGCCAUCAACAACUGGCAGUCCACCGACUCCACCAUCAGCGGAUACGGCCACCCCAUCAAGGCGCCCACCUCCAAUGCCGACCAGAUCGGUCAACUUGUCGGCCAAGUGUUCUUCUCUGUGUGGGUUCUUCUGCAUCUGUACCCUUUUACUAAGCCCGCCAUGGACGCGCGUCGCGUAUGCACGAACGUGGCGGCGUUGGCGCUGGUGCUCCUUGUCGCGACACCCGAGAUAAUCUCCGACUCAGGCUUCCAGACCACCAGCGCCGUCCCCUACCGCCGCGAGCUAAGAAAGCCUCAAGGACCGCUGCAAUACAACGUGCAGGAGACCAUGCAGCUGCUGCAGGAAUCAGCCUCACUCGUCAACCGCGCCGCGCACCUGCUGCACGCCGAUGCCUCCCCCCUCGCCUCCUCCUUUUGGCUCCGGCCAGCCGCCGUCGCUGCGGGCAGCCCGGCCGGGGGGGAUGCGCGCGCGGGGGAGGCGGGGGGGCGCAAGUACUACGUGAAUCUAGUGCAAACGGCGCGCGCACUGCAGAACGCGGUGGUGCUGCUGCGGCAGAAGCAGCGGCUGCUGGUAAUGGGGCAGAUCAACAACGCCAUGGCCGCGAUUGACGGCGUGAAAGUCGUGCUGGUGCCGCGCGAAGACCGCCAGGUGUUGGAGCAUCUCAACGUCGCACGGCGAUUCGCAGAGCAUGCGAAGCUGUCGUUCAUGGGGCAAGAACAGCGCGAUUGA